AUGAUCAUGCCUCCAACAGAGUCUUCUGCUUUUGAAACAGAGAAGCACCCUGUGAGAUAUGCCCACACGGUUUCAGAGGGAGGUCGCCUUCUGCCUUCAGCUAGCCGCUGGAACUCCACAGCCCUUGACUGUAACCUUGCCCCUAACUCUUCCACUACUUAUCAUCCUAUCCCCUCCAGUUACACAAAAUCCGUUGAUUACAGUCUUGCUAUCACUGACAGGAAACACUUCUAUCGUUUCCUUUUUAUAGUAGUAUCAAUCAUUUUUCUUGUCAUAGCAGCUGUUCUGCUGGUGCACUUCUUGUCUCAGUCUCACAAGCAUAGGCACCAAAGAUCUUCAGGGAAUCUCAAACUUGCAAUCAACCAAGCACUAACAUUUUAUGAUGCCCAAAAGUCUGGACACUAUCCAAGGAAUAGUCCGGUGAAAUUUCGAGGAGACUCAGGGCUGGAAGACGGGCUGAACACACCUGAAAAUCUUAUUGGUGGAUUUUAUGAUUCUGGCAAUAACAUUAAGUUCACCUUCACCACAGCCUACACAGUGACCUUGUUGAGUUGGACUGUGAUAGAAUAUCAGGGUAAAUAUGCUGAUAUUGGUGAGCUUGAUCAUGUCAGGGACAUAAUCAGAUGGGGUAGUGACUACUUGCUCAAGGUGUUUGUUCUCCCAAAUGUAACUGCUCAAACCCCCUUGAUACUGUAUUCUCAGGUUGGAAGUACUGUUGUGAAUAAUAAUGGUGAGCGUAAUGAUAUAACGUGCUGGCAAAGACCUGAAGACAUGGCUUAUGCGAGACCAGUUUCACAGUGUAAUAGCUCUGACUCAGACUUAGCCGGUGAACUUAUUGCAGCACUAUCUGCUGCGUCGUUAGUAUUUCAAGAGGACAAGGACUAUUCAGCAAGACUAGUCAAAGCAGCAAAAAGCCUUUAUGAUAUAGUUACUACUGAGGAUCCUUCAUUGCAAGGGAAGUACACGACCAAUGAUGUUUGUGGAAGAGAAGCAAGAAUGUUUUACAACUCAUCUGGUUAUGAAGAUGAAUUAGCAUGGGGAGGAACUUGGCUGUACAUCGCCACUAGAAACAUAUCUUAUCUUCAGUUCGCUGCUGACACUUUCAAGUCAGCCAAGAACAAUGAAACAGAUUUGGACAGAGGGGUCUUCUAUUGGAAUAAUAAGCUCAGUGCUACUGGGGUUUUACUAUCGCGCAUUCUGUACUUUCAAGACCCCGGCUCGUCUCAAGAUGCUUUGAUAUUGUCAUCAAACUUGACAGAAUCCCUCAUGUGUUCUUUUUUAUUUAACAAAUAUUCCAGCAGGACACCGGGUGGGUUGAUCAUCUUAAAACCUGCUGAUGAGCCAUUACUCCAAUACGCUGUAACAUCCUCUUUUCUCAGUAAACUGUAUAGCGAUUAUCUUGAUCAUCAGAAACUAUCUGGCGCAAGUUGCGACACAGAUGUAUACUCUUUGCAGAUGCUCCAUGAUUUUGCCAAUUCUCAGGUUAAGUACAUCCUGGGACAGAACCCGAUGAAGAUGAGCUAUAUGGUUGGUUAUGGAGACAAGUUUCCAUUGCAGGUUCAUCAUAGAAGUGCAUCAAUCCCGUGGGAUGGUCAGCAAUAUAGUUGUGAUGGGGGGAAAAGAUGGUUGAACUCAGAAAGCCCAAAUCCACAAGUUCUUUUGGGAGCCAUGGUAGGAGGACCGGGCCUACGUGAUAAUUUCCUAGAUGAUAGGAAACAACCAAGGUUCACUGAACCGACCAUAGCAAACAAUGCUGGUUUAGUUGCAGCACUUAUUGCUCUUCAAGAUCCUCCGCUCUCAAAUUCAAAAGAUGUGAAGGACUCAAUUUUGGGAUGGAAAUGAUGGGUAUAAUUGAAAUGCUUCUGAUUAUUCCUCUUGAUUCCUCCAUUAUCUUUAAAGUCUU